CGAGUCGACUCCAAGCUACCCAUGAACGGUGAUGCGCAUGCUCCAUGCGUAAGAUCCGGGCUCGAGGAAGGAUGAAUGUUAUUGUUCAUUUUAAAGAUGGCGGCGGAGGGAGGAGGGAAGGAGUUGAACGAAAUUAAAACUCAGUUCAAUACACGGGAAGGCGUCUAUAAACUCCUCACUCACUCCGAAUAUAGCCGCCCCAACAGGGUGCCUUUUAAUUCCCAGGGUUCAAACCCCGUCAAAGUCUCCUUCGUCAACGUCAAUGACCAGUCUGGUAACGGCGACAGAAUAUGUUUUAAUGUGGGCCGGGAACUGUACUUCUACAUCUACAAAGGCGUUAGAAAGGCGGCUGACUUGAGCAAGCCUAUCGACAAGAGGAUAUACAAGGGAACACAGCCCACAUGUCAUGACUUCAACCACCUGACGGCCACGGCGGACAGCGUCUCCCUGCUGGUGGGCUUCUCGGCAGGCCAAGUGCAGCUCAUCGACCCCAUCAAGAGAGAGACCAGCAAGCUCUUCAAUGAGGAAAGACUAAUAGACAAAUCCAGAGUGACUUGUGUUAAAUGGGUGCCCGGCUUAGAAAGGUUGUUCCUAGUCGCUCAUUCCAGUGGAAACAUGUACUUGUACAACGUAGAAAACACGUGCGGCACCACGGCGCCUCACUACCAGUUGCUCAAACAGGGCAAGAACUACUCUGUGCACACGUGUAAGAGCAAAUCCACACGCAACCCUUUGCUCAAAUGGACGGUGGGCGAGGGAGCGCUCAACGAGUUUGCCUUUUCACCCGACGGGAAGUUUCUGGCGUGUGUCAGCCAGGACGGCUUCCUUCGGGUCUUCAACUUUGACGCGGUGGAGCUGCACGGGACCAUGAAAAGCUACUUUGGGGGUCUGCUGUGCAUGUGCUGGAGUCCGGACGGAAAGUAUAUUGUCGCGGGGGGUGAGGAUGAUCUGGUGACCGUGUGGUCGUUUGUGGACUGCCGGGUUAUCGCGCGCGGUCACGGACACAAAUCAUGGGUCAGCGUGGUGGCGUUUGAUCACUACACAACCAGCGUGGAGGAUGCAGACCCUAUGGAGUUUAACGGCAGCGACGAGGACUUCCAGGGCCUCCACUUUGGUCGCGACCGGGCCAACAGUACGCAGUCCCGGCUCUCCAAACGCAACUCCACAGACAGUCGGACAGUACACACCACAUACAGGUUUGGCUCAGUGGGCCAGGACACUCAGCUGUGCUUGUGGGACCUCACAGAAGAUAUACUUUUCCCCCACCUCCCGCUUUCCCGGACAAGAACACACACCAAUGUGAUGAACGCUACCAGCCCCCCGGCGGGAGGUGAAGUCGCUGGUGACAUAGUGAACAAUGUGAGUAAUAACCCUAGCACGAACGAUAGCAGCGCCAACACCCCCAGUAACUCCCUCUCCUCUCCCCUGCCACGCUCCAACAGCUUACCGCACUCGCCAGCUAUGACUGCCAACAACAAGAGCAGUGCCAUCGCCUCGGGUGUCAGCAAGUUCGCAACGCUCUCCCUUCACGAUCGCAAAGAGCAGCACCAGGAGACCGACCACAAACGGAACCACAGCAUGGGUCACAUUAGCAGCAAGAGCAGUGACAAGCUCAACAUGCUCACCAAAUCCAGAACAGACCCUGCAAAGACUCUGGGGACACCGCUCUGUCCCCACAUGGAAGACCUACCCCUACUAGAGCCUCUUAUCUGUAAAAAGAUAGCACAUGAGAGACUGACUGUCUUAAUAUUUAUUGAGGACUGUAUAGUGACAGCUUGUCAGGAGGGAUUUAUUUGGACAUGGGCGAGGCCUGGAAAAGUGGGUUUGUCAUCCCAAAAGCAAGCAGUCUCUCCCAGUGGAACGAUAAUAUAGCCAACACUAUUUCUGCUGCUAAGAAACCUGCAUUACACCAGAGCCUGGUGCUGCUCUUCACCCCACAAUGCAUUGCAAGUUUUUUCCUUUCUCUUGUUACUUUUUCUAUUCUCUCUUUAUUUUUUGGUUAUCAUUCACAUGGUCUAGAUGGUAGAAGUAUUCAAAUGCAGAAAUGGAAAGGGUGUGGAGACAUUUUGGACAGUGAUUCUAAUGUAUUUUCUGGAUUUUUUAAAAUGUUUUUUUUGUUUUUGUCUCGUUUCGCUCCCACAUCUGGACUUUGAGCUUGGCUUAGUUAGAUGCAAACCAAUCAAAUUAUGCUUGUGUUUUAAAAUGAAAAUUUCAUAAUUCCUAUGCAAGUGGUCUAUGGACCAGGAGUGACUGCCACCAGCCGCUACAGUAAAGUAAUGGAGUUCCAUGAGUUGCUCACCAACCAUAGUCUAAAAACUGCACACAAAAAAUCAAUUUGUUUAGCCUUUAUGAUUCUGAAGAUGUGCACUGUCAAAAGGUAUCUAAGUUGCUAGAGUCCCAACUAUUUUCUUAACCGAGCUACAGACGAUCACAGGUUUCGGUGUGCCUUGCCUUCCGUUAGCAUCCAAGGAUUUGCCUCUAACCAAAUUCUUUACAAGUGUUUUAUUUAUUUUUAUAGAAUCUCUCCAUUGAGAACUUUGCACAGAUUUUGUUACAGUGACUGCAAAAACCACACCUACGAUGACAGACUGUCUUCUGACUGGAAGACGAGGCACACCGAAACCUGUGAUCGUCUGUAGCUCGGUCAAUACUAAAUAAAAAUAUAAAUACAACAUGAAACGAUUUCAACGAUUUUAAUGUGUUACAGUUCAUAUAAGGAAAUAAGUCCAUUUUAAAUAAAUUCAUAAGGAAUACAGACAUGCAUCUGUUGGUCAGAUGCCAACAAACAAAAAACGUAGGGGCGUGGAUCAGAAAACCAGUCGG